AUGAUAAGGACAAUCCAAACAGAUCAGCCCGUAUUGAUCCCAACUGUACCUUCCACCUCUCACAAAAUAAACCUCAAAAUGUCAACUGAAUCCCUUCCCAUAACCACAGGAGCCUUUGCUGAAGCAAUUAAAGAGCUGCCCAUGGCAGUCCUCUACAGCAAAGUCUCCGAGCUCACAAACUCCAUCGCACACCUGCACCGCUCGAAUGCCGAGCUCCGCGCAUUCUUAACAGAAAGCAACGACUCGGAAGAAGAUAAGAAGGAGCUUGAAGGGUAUAUCACUGAAAAUGAGGGUGUGGCAGUGUCCAUGAAUGAGCGGAUCUUGCUGGUGAAGACCGAGGUCGAGAAUCGUGGACAGCCUUGGAUUGAGCUUGAUGAGCUUAAGAUCGACAAUGAACAAGGAGCUUCGACAGAUGUGCCGGUGACGAAUGGAACCGAGACUGAGACUGGGACUGAUGCUAGGGCUGGGGCUGAGGGUGCAGGACAUGAGUCCAAUGAUCGAGAGGAUGGGGAUGGAGUGUAUCUGUGA